AUGGCCCCAAAUAGAGGUACCGCUUCACUUAAGAAGUCCAACAAAUCAUCCUCCAAAAAGCCAUCCUCUUCUACACUUACCUCGAAAUCCCGCGUUGGUAAAUCUUCCGCCAAAAAGGCCGCCAAGCGCCCUCCACCAAAAGAAAUGAAGACCAAGGCUCGCACCGAGCGAGAUCUCCAGAAGCGGAAAAAGAAGCGCGAGUACACCGAAAAAGAAUUGAACUUGCCGACACUCAAUAUGAUUACGCCUGUGGGCGUGCAGAAGCCGAGAGGAAAGAAGAAAGGCAAGGUUUUUGUGGAUGACCAGGAAAGCAUGAUGACUAUUUUAGCGAUGGUCAAUGCAGAGAAGGAUGGACAAAUCGAGUCAAAGAUCAUGAAGGCCAGGCAGAUGGAAGAGAUCCGAGAAGCCAGGAGGAAAGAGGCUGAGGCGAGACAAGAGCAGAAGAAAUCAAAACUUGAUGAAACUAAGGAAUCGUUAAAGCGAAAGCGAAAGAGUAAGAAGAGCGAGAAUGACCAGACAAGUCAAAAGGACAGCAACCAGCCGCCUCCCACUACGAAAAAAUCGCAGAAGAAACGCGUCGCUUUCGCCUGA